UGGCUGUCCUGGAACUCACUCUGUAGCCCAGGCUGGCCUUGAACUCAGAGAUCUGCCUGCCUCUGCUUCCUGAGUGCUGAGUUUAAAGGCAUUGGCCACCACGUCCAGCUCAAAGAAGAUGGAUGCUACAGUGGUGAAUUUGUGGACUCUGUUUGAGCAGCUUGUGCGUCGGUUGGAGAUUAUCAAUGAAGGAAAUGAAAGCAUUGAAUUCAUCCAGGUUGUGAAGGACUUCGAGGAUUUCCGGAAGAAAUGUCAAAGAACCAACCAGGAGCUGGAGAAAUUCAAAGAUCUAUUGUUGAAAGCAGAGACUGGGCGUAGCGCUCUGGACGUCAAGCUGAAGCAUGCUCGUAACCAAGUAGAUGUAGAGAUCAAGCGGAGACAGCGUGCUGAGGCUGAAUGUGCAAAGCUGGAACAACAGAUUCAGCUGAUUCGAGACAUACUCAUGUGUGACACAUCUGGCAGCAUCCAGCUAAGCGAGGAACAAAAAUCAGCUCUAGCUUUUCUCAACCGAGGCCAAGCAUCCAGUGGCAACCCUGGGAACAAUAGACUGUCAACCAUUGAUGAAUCUGGUUCCAUUUUAUCAGAUAUCAGCUUUGACAAGACUGAUGAAUCACUGGACUGGGAUUCUUCUUUGGUGAAGAAUUUCAAAAUGAAGAAACGAGAAAAGAGGCGCUCCAGCAGCCGACAGUUCAUCGACGGCCCUCCCGGGCCUAUAAAAAAAACCUGUUCCAUUGGCUCCACAGUAGACCAGGCUCUGUUUCAGGCAAAUGAAUCAAUAGUUGCAAAAACUACCGUGACUGUUCCAAGUGAUGGCGGACCCAUUGAAGCUGUGUCUACUAUUGAGACAUUGCCAUCUUGGACCAGGAGUCGGGGGAAAUCAGGUCCUUUACAGCCUGUGAACAGUGACUCCGCUCUGAACAGCAGGCCAGUGGAGCCAAGAACCGAGACAGACAAUUUGGGGACCCCUCAGAAUAACGGAGGCAUGCGCCUCCAUGACUUUGUCUCAAAGACGGUUAUUAAGCCCGAAUCUUGUGUUCCAUGUGGAAAGCGGAUCAAAUUUGGCAAGCUGUCUCUGAAGUGUCGAGACUGUCGUUUGGUCUCCCACCCAGAGUGUCGGGACCGAUGUCCCCUCCCCUGCAUUUCUCCCCUGGUGGGGACUCCGGUUAAGAUUGGAGAGGGAAUGUUGGCAGAUUUUGUGUCCCAGACUUCACCAAUGAUCCCUGCUAUUGUUGUCAGCUGUGUGAAUGAGAUUGAGCAGCGAGGCCUGACUGAGGCAGGCUUGUACAGGAUCUCAGGCUGUGACCGGACAGUAAAGGAGCUGAAGGAGAAAUUCCUCAAAGUCAAAACUGUGCCUCUCCUCAGCAAAGUGGACGAUAUCCAUGCCAUCUGUAGCCUCCUCAAAGACUUCCUUCGAAACCUCAAAGAACCCCUUCUGACCUGUUGGCUAAGCAAAGCUUUUAUGGAGGCAGCGGAGAUAGCGGACGAGGACAACAGCACAGCCGCCAUGUACCAGGCUGUGGGCGAGCUGCCCCAGGCCAACAGGGACACGCUGGCCUUCCUCAUGAUCCACUUGCAGAGAGUGGCUCAGAGUCCGAACACUAAGAUGGACAUUGCCAAUCUAGCUAAAGUCUUUGGCCCUACCAUAGUUGCCCAUACUGUGCCUAAUCCAGACCCAGUGACGAUGUUCCAGGACAUCAAGCGUCAGCUCAAGGUGGUGGAGCGCCUGCUUUCUCUGCCCCUGGAGUACUGGAAUCAGUUCAUGAUGGUGGAACAGGAGAACAUUGACGUCCAGCGUGGCAAUGGAAACUCAACCCCGCGGACACCAGACCUUAAAGUGAGCUUGCUGGGGCCGGUGACCACUCCUGAAUUCCAACUUGUCAAGACUCCUUUAUCAAGUUCUCUGUCACAGAGAUUGUAUAACCUCUCCAAGAGCACUCCCAGAUUUGGGAACAAAAGCAAGUCUGCCACCAACUUAGGUCAACAAGGCAAAUUUUUCCCUGCUCCGUACCUCAAGUGAAGCCGUUUCUGUAGUGUCCAGUGUUUACUGACCCAGGACACUGUCGUUCUUCAGCCUCCUGUGUGGUCAGUGCUUUAGCCUUCUCCAGGCUUUAAAUAAAGUUGACUGUGCGUGAGUUUAUCAUUA